GCAGUUCUGCUCCCCCUCCCCCUCUAGCUGGCUGGUUGCUGCUGAGCCUGGGCACAAGCAGAGCGUCUGGUGGGCGAGGAGCCGGCCGACCCCUCUGUCCUCUAGGGAUGUUGGGGCAAGCUCUCGUCCUCACACUCCUCCUGCUCCUCAAGGGGAAUCAGGGCCAAGAUUCUGCUGAACGUGUGGUUGGACUCUCAGGAAAUCAACUCUCGUUACUGCCCCCCAGGACACAGACAAAGCAAAUAAACUCUGCUCUAUGGAAGAUGCAGAGGCACUCAAGUUCAGGAUUUUCCGUGAUACUGAUUUGGAAGAAUGGGUCUGAAAUUUGGACUGCGAAUCAUCUCAAACAGACAUUCAAUUUUAUAAAAAGGAAUUUAACUCUUCUCAUCAAAACAGCUCAGCAGAAUGACAGUGGCCUCUACCUCCUGGAGGUGACUGAUGACUGUGGGAGAGUUGAGAAUCACCAGUUCCAGGUUUCUGUAUUUGAUCACGUAGGAACACUUGAAGUAGUGGAGGAGAGGAAGGUCCUGGACAGAGGGAAAUGCCAAGUGUCUCUGUCCUGCUCGGUCUCCAGAGGUGGUAAUGUGAGCUAUGUUUGGUAUAGAGGGAGCAAGCUGAUCCAGACACCAAGCAAUCUCAGCAAACUGGAGGAACAGAUUGAUGUCAAUGACUUGGACAUAUAUACCUGCAAUGUCAGCAACCCGGUCAGCUGGGUAAACCACACCUUCACCCAGAGCUGUCGGAGUGUUGACAGGCAAUUCACCUCUGUGAACUUUCUGAUGAUCAUCGUGGUUUUUCUAAUCACGCUGUCCCUGGGUGCCCUCACCUGCUUCUGUGUGUGGAGGAGGAAGAGGAAGCAGUCAGAGACCAGCCGAGGGGAAACUCUGACAGUUUAUGAAGACGUCAACACCAUGCAAAACAGAAGUAAUCAAGAGCAGAGGCAGAAUCCUCCCGGAGAAGGAAGCACCAUCUACUCCAUGAUCCUGUCCCAGUCUUCUGCUCCUACAUCACGAGAAACAAAUACAUUAUAUGCAUUGGUAGAGCCUUCAUGGGAGUCUGAAUCGAAGAAGAAGAACCAGAGUUCUUCCUCCAGUUACACCAUCUACGAAGAGGUUGGAAAGAGACAACUCAAAGCCCAGAACCCUGCACGACUGAGCCACAGGGAGCUGGAGAACUUCUGCGUAUAUUCCUAGCUGCUGCAGCUGUUCUCUCUUAUAUCCCAGCAUUGCUUUGGGAAUCAGCUCCAUAGAUGACACCACAUGAGUCUACAGAAUGGUGCACAGUCUAGAGAGGACAUGGGACUUUGUUUAUAGUCUAUGUCUUAUUUUGAAAAUGACUGCUAAUAAGAGCAAGACUGUUAAAUAAUAUCUCUCAACUUACAGACUGGAUGAGAAUGGGUAGACAGGUUGGGUAGUUCAUAAAAGACUACAAAGCAAGUCCAGAGCCACACAGCAAAUUUAUCAAGUGCUAUGCAAAUGCAGGGUGCUGUUAUUAUUAGCAUCAAGAUCCCUUCCCCUGGUUUUCUAAUGUGUUACUCAUCUUUCCUCCUCUCUAAUCUGGAAUGACCACAUUUCUAGACCCUCCCCUUGCCCAGGCCCAUCUUCCAAAGAGGGAGGAAAGAUAAUGGCGACUCAGAGGAAGAGAAACAGCGUCCCCUCUGUGAGGAAGGACUGAGUAGCUGUAAGCAGCUGGCCUCUCCUCCAAGGGGGAUGGGUCUAGGCUUUCCUUGAAUACAGAGGAAAAACUCCCCCACCACAUAUUAAACCUUUACCUCUGGCCACUAGGUCAUGAGAGAGAAUGGGCAGGAGUGAGAGUAGAUGGGGCAAAGCAAGCUGAUCUCUGAGUGGAAAAAUCACCCUGAGCCCAUUGCUGUCCUGAUAAUUGGACAGUGAGACCAGCUUUACCUACAGUAUGAUGUAUGACUUACAAAAACACAUUAUUAGAAAUCUACUUGAGCUUCUUCACAAAUUCUUCACAAUUGAAAACCAUAUUCUAUUUAAGUUCUGAGUCCUGAUAAGCGCUCCCCACGGCAUAUGCUGGAGGAAGGGCUCAGCCGGCUGUGCAGCUGGGAACUGGACACUCUGCUGGGCUCCCCUCAGUCGUCAGGCCAGACUCUACCACGAGGCUGUGGGGACCAGAGUUGAGACUCCGGCUGAGCCCAGGAAGGGGGUGAGUGUGAACCAGAAGAGGUCCUACUCAGAGACUCCAACAGUGGCUAUUGCAUGGAGCCUGGUUCUUCAGUUGCCCCAUUCUGUAUUUAACAUAUGAAUUUAAUAUAAAACUAUGCUGUUAUUCAGAGGCAUUCUAAGUUUCUUUUCUGAGUUAAAUUUAUGUGUCCCUUCCAUAUUCUGUACUUUUCCUCUCUAUAGCUGCCAAAGGGCACUU